AUGAGACGUGCACGACCAAAGUCGUACGUGCUGGCCACGUCCACCAGUCUACCUGAGACCGAGCAUCCGAUGUCAUUCAGUCGUGACGACAGCAGAGAGCUUUCAUCGCUUGGAUCACUGUCAUCGAUUGAUCGAUCGUCACGAUCUGCCCAAUCACACAAUCAGCCUCAGGGACAUCAUCGAAUUCAGAAAUUUAUAGCAUUAUUUAGCCAUCAGAAUUCACCUGUGAAAUUGCGAACGAAACGUUCGCGUACGUCACUGCCGCUGUCCCGCAAUCCCUUACCGGAGACGGUACUUCGGGCAAGUAAACUCGUCCGGCAAGGAUGGCUUCGGCAUCAGGAGCUAGCACUGGGUAAAACCGGCAAGCGACGUUUUUGGGAAGAGUGUUGGGCGGUUCUGAUCGAUCAGAGCCUUUAUCUGUGUCCACAGGAACCGCGGACUUCCAUCGCAGAGAAGAGCGGCGAGAAGCUCAUCCAUCUCCCACCAUGUGCUCGUGUUGACGUGCAUUCGUCGAUCAUCGACAUCGCGUACGAGUGGCUGGCGAUGAGCCGAACAAAGCACGUCAUGACCCGAAUGGUCAUCUCAGAACUCGAGCGAGCACUCUCUUCGAAAUUGAACAGGUUCGAUUCGAUUUAUUGA